AUGGCUUCCAAAUUCUGGCCUAAAGGUGGUCUUCCAGGUAUUCUACAUCAUUAUACCGAAACCCUCACCACAUUCGAAUACACAUCCGGCACCAUCGCCAAACCCCAUAGUCUUCUCUUCAUCGGAGGCUUAGGAGAUGGUCUCGCAACCACCUCUUUCAUGGCCGAUAUAGCCAAAGCUCUCCAACCCACCCCCUGGUCCCUCUUCACCCUCAAUCUCUCAUCAUCAUACGCCCAAUGGGGAACUUCUCACCUCGACCGUGAUUCCGACGAAAUAGCUGAAUGUCUCCGCUACAUUCAAGCCUACAAGCAGUCUAAAUUCCCCCACAGCAAAACCAUUCUCAUGGGUCAUUCAACCGGCUCCCAAGUCGUGCUUCAUUAUCUACACAAACCCAAUCCCCACACUACCACUCCCAAAUUUGAUCCCCAUCUCAAACACGUGAAGCGUCCCGUUCUCGACGGUGCAAUCAUGCAAGCACCGAUUUCCGAUCGCGAGGCCAUUCAAUCGGUCCUCCAAGAUGGGCUUGGCAAACGUCCCGCCAGCGAAUGUCAAGCAGCAUUUCGACAAAUCCAAGAAAUUGCAAAAGAUGCCGCGAAACGUGAUCAAUCGAUUGAUAUUCUUCUCCCCAUGGCACUGACCUCGCAAAUCGGCUACGGCACUACACCGAUCAGCUGUCGACGAUUUAUGAGUCUGGCUAGUCCUAAGAGUCCGCAACAACCGGAGGAAGAUGAUUUGUUCAGCUCGGAUCUGAGUGAUGAGCAAUUAUCGAAAACGUUUGGAAUGAUUAAAGAGAGAGGGUUAUUGCGAGAUCAAUUGGUUAUCUUUUACUCGGGGGCUGAUCAGGCGGUGCCGGACUGGGUGGAUAAGGAGGGAUUGUUGAAGAGGUGGAAGAAUGCGGCGGAUCAUGGAGGAAAAGAGAAGGUCUGGGAUGAUGAAUUCACGGCGAUUAUUCCGGGAGCCAGUCAUGCGUUGAGUAAUGAUGAUCAGGCGCCUGCGAGAGCAUUUUUGUGUAAAAGAUUGAUGGGUUAUGUUCAAAGGAUAGAGCAGAAGUGA